AUGCCGAAAAGUAAAUUUGCGAGUACAAUGAAAAAUCGAAUUAAAUGUGAAAAUGAUAUCAGGCAGAAAUAUCCUGUUAAUCAAUUAUGGGAAUGGCAAUCAAAGCAGAUAUGUCGUCCAUUGUUUGUUCUUCAUGAUGGACCACCAUUUGCUAAUGGGCCUCUUCAUAUCGGACAUUUUCUAAAUAAAAUUCAAAAGGAUAUUAUUGUUCGUUAUAAACUAUUAAAUGGAAAUCGAAUAGAUUUUCGUCCUGGUUGGGAUUGUCAUGGCUUACCAAUUGAACUAAAAGCCUUACAAGAAAAUAAAAGCAAUUCAGAUGACAAAGAUCCAAUUGUUGUUCGCAAACUUGCUCGUCAAUUUGCUACGGAAGCAUUAGAAAAACAAAAAACUGAAUUUCAAUCUUGGGGUAUAUUAGCUGAUUGGAAUAAUUGUUAUAGAACAUUUGAUAAACAAUAUAUCAUUGAUCAAUUUAGAUUAUUUUGGAGAUUAUAUAAGAAAGAUUUACUCUAUAGACAAUAUAAACCAGUCAAUUGGUCACCAACUGUUCAAUCUGCUUUAGCUGAAUCUGAAUUAGAAUAUAAUGAUAAACAUAAGAGUACUGCUAUUUAUGUAAGAUUUCGUUUACAAAACAAUGAUUUGAUAUCAAAACUUUUGCCUCAAACUAAUCUAGGAAAUAUUUAUGCUUUAAUUUGGACAACAACACCUUGGUCUCUAAUUGGUAAUCAAGCGGUAGCUGUUAAUGAAAAAUUAAAAUAUCUAUUUCUUAAAAUUUCCUCUACAAAUGAUAUAUACAUUGUUGCUGAAUCAUUAUUAAAUAACAUUAAAAAAUGUUCACCCUUUUCUAAUAAUCAGUUUGAAAUCAUAGGAAAUUGUCUAGGAUCCCAAUUAUCUGGUCUUACCUAUAAACAUCCAAUUUAUAAUGAUCAAGCAAAUUGUCCAAUCAUUAUUAGUGAUCAUGUUAGUGAUGAGAUAGGUACUGGUCUUGUUCAUAUUGCACCAGCACAUGGUUCUGAUGAUUUUCUUCUAUCAAUAAAACAUAAUCUUCAAUGUGUUAAUGCCGUCAAUUUAACUGGUCAUUUAAAUUGUCCAUCAAUUGAAUCUCUUCAUGGUCGUAAUGCAUUAGAUAAAAAUGAUGGUAUUGAAGCAAUUCUUAAAUAUUUAAAUUCAGAUAUUUUACAUCAUUAUGAAUUAAUACAUUCAUAUCCAUAUGAUUGGCGAGCAAAAAAACCUGUAUUAAUCUUAGGUAGUCAACAAUGGUUUAUUGAUACAACACGUUUACGUGAUAAUGCACGUAAAUAUAUAUUAGAAGAUGUAACAAUAUUUCCUGAAGGUGCUGGGAAAAGUUUUUUAUCAAUGACUUCACAACGUCCAUACUGGUGUAUAUCACGACAACGUUAUUGGGGUGUACCCAUACCAGUUUUUUAUACAAACGAUGAUAGAAAAGAACUUGUUAUUAAUGAAGAUAUCAUUGAACAUUUAAUCAAGUGUAUUCAAGAAAAAGAUUCAAUUGAUUUUUGGUGGUCAUCAAAUGAUAUUAAAGAAUUAUUACCUGUAUCAAUGCAUAAUCAAGCUGAAAAUCUUGAACGCGGAAAAGAUAUAUUUGAUGUUUGGUUUGAUAGUGGUUCAUCAUUUAAUACAGUUCUUAAAGAUUUUAACUAUAAAGCUGAUAUAUAUUGUGAAGGACAUGAUCAAUUUAAUGGAUGGUUUUUAUCAUCAUUGUUAUUAUCAACAGGAAUACAAGCACGAGCACCAUUUUCAAAUAUAUUUGUUCAUGGUUUUGUUGUUGAUAAAAAUAAUCAAAAAAUGUCAAAAUCAAUUGGAAAUGUUAUUCAACCAUCGGAUAUGAUAUUUGGUGGUGGAAAAGAAAAAUUUAAUGAAAAUGGUCUUGAUGUUUGUCGAGAAUGGGUUACAAGAGAAAGUUAUAAACCUCAAUGUAAAGCAAGUGGAGAAGAUUUAAAUAAAGCACAUAAACGAGUUUUCGAUAUAAGAAAUGUAUUGAGAUUUGUACUAGGAAAUUUAUAUGAUUUUGAACCUGAUAAACAUAGAAUAUCAAAUGAAAAUUUAGCUGCUAUUGAUCGAUAUAUGGCUUAUCGUUUAUAUCAAAUUCUUACGACAUAUCAUAAUGAUUUUGAUCAAUAUAGAAUGUAUCAUGGUUUAAUUGCGAUUGAAGAUUUUAUUCAAGGUGAUAUAUCAAGUUUUUAUUGUUCAGUAACAAAAGAUCGACUUUAUUGUAAUCCAUCGGAUUCUUAUCUUCGUCGAUCAACACAAACAGUUUUUUAUUUACUAUUAAAAUGUCUUAAUGAACGAUUAGCACCAGUAAUGCCAUAUCUUACACAAGAAUUAUAUAAUGAAUUAAAAAAUAAAGAAAACAAAAUCAAUGAUAUAUUCGAAAAUAAAUUUACCUUUCUGGAUAAACAACUAACUGAAGUUUCAUCGGAACUUGCAUCAGCAAUGUCAAUUAUAUUACAUUUACGUAAUACAUAUCAUAGUAUUCUUCAAAAUCGACGAGCUAUUCUAUAUGAUAUUGUACUUUAUUUAAGCGAUAAAGCAAAAUUACAGUUUAAACAAGUUGAAGAUGUUCUUGGAAAACAUCCAUCAACAAUCAAAUUAGAUUUUUGGCAUCCAUUAGAAGAACUUUUACAAUGUUCACGUAUACAUCAACGAUCAUUAUCUGAUUUACAGAAUGAUCUAAUAGAAGAAAAUAUUUCAAGUGUUGACUUACCAUUAUUAGAUGAUAAAUUUAAUUAUAUAAUGAAAAUUCAAUAUAAUUCCUUACAUUCUUGCCCUCGUUGUCGUUUACAAAUAUCAGACAAUGAAAAUGAACUAUGUGCUCGAUGUUUUUCUUAUUCACAAAAAUUCUAG